AUGUCUCUACAAGAGAUAUGACUCAAAGUCCUCCUCUUUUUAGUGAGCUGACACAUACUAAUGAUAUGUUUUGGGGUCUGCAUUCAUGCCUUUUGUUCAGGAAUAAUUUUCAAGGCCUGUUGCCCAUGUAUUUUUUUUAACAGCAGGAACUCUUAAGCUGCUUUUCAUAUAUGCCUACAUCUUGUUUUAUGUAUAAUAUUUAAACUGUGAGAAAUCGCCUCUGAAUCCUUGAUGGUCUAAUAACAUCUUAGAGUGAAAUCCCCUGUUAACUCUGCUAAACACUUUGUUAUUCUGGAACAUUCAGCUUAAUUAUUAAACAUAAAGCCAGUUCACUGGGAAAGUGGAUGUAUAAGGAAAAAAUCCUUUGCUCAGGUGUACAUUUCUUUCCUUGAUCAGUGGCACUUCUCACCUGUUUAGCAGCAAAACCUGGUAUCUUGUGGUAGUUGUAUGGCUCAGGGAAUAACUGCCUGCCUGAGCUUUAGGAUUACCAAAUUGUGGUCAGAGGAAGUCCUGACUUGAUCUGUUCUACACGUCCCAGCACACUGAUAGUCUCAGCCAGCUCAGCAGCUUUUCUGUGGUUCUCCCUGCAUGAUGAAAAGAGCAUUAGAUGUUGCACAUAUAAGAUUGCUAUCGCAGAGGAGCGAAAGGAAGGCUUGUUUCUUCCUGUGUGUGGGCUGAGAAGACUCUCAGUCCUUCUUGGUCAAACAAGUCAAAGACUGUCUUUUUCACUCUGCUUAUGCACACCAUAUGCUACAGCUGCAUGAAAUGACACAUUUCAGGGUGGAGUCACAAAAAGAAGAGAUUAUAAGUAAUCUUCAAAAGAGGAGCUUAUGAGGAUGCUUAACAGCUGCAUAACCCAACAGAACCACUCCUCCAAUGACACAGCACUGAACUCCUCAGAGAAACUCCACACACUUCUGAUAGUCCUAUACAUCAUCAACCUGGCUGGCGGCACCCUUGGAGUCAUCAUGAUGUCCCGGCAGUUGUUUCAAAGGAGAUCACAAUCUGUGAUGACCAUUAUGAUCAUCAGCCUCCUGGUGCUGCACAGCUUCAUGCUCCUCAGCAUCCCCUUCCGCCUCAGCUACUACAUUCUGGGGGAGUGGAAAUUCGGGCGGUUCGCCUGCAGGCUGACGAGCGCCAUCAUCUACCUGCACAUGUAUUCCACCUUCGCCUUUUACGUGGCCAUCAUCAUAGCCCGGCUGCUCCGCCUGGAGUUUCGGAAGUGCUACACCGUGGCCUGGGUGGGGGCUGUCUGGCUGCUGGGAGCGCUGGUGGUCACGCCCGUUCUCCUCUCCUACUAUGGCACCUCGAGGACGUACCGCUCCUCCGAGUGCUUCCAGUUCCACGGGGAGCUGCAGCAGGCUCACAUGGUGAUCGCCAACUACUGCCUGGUUGGGAUUUUGGUGGUGGUGUGUGCUGUGCUCACCGGAAUCCAGCUGACUGUGAUCUACAGAGUAGCCAUGAAAUACUGGCCUGACAUUAACUCUCACGUGGAAUUCAGGGCUCAGGCAAAGAGUUUAUUCUUCAUCUUGGUAACAUUAGUCUGCUUUAUGCCUCAUCAUGUAUUCAGAGUAUAUUACAUCCAAAACUAUGACCUUGAUAAAGACCAUAAACUACUCCUAUACAAUGAGGUUUUUUUAGCUUUAACAACAAUGUGCUGCCUGGAUAUGUUGUGUUUCAUAGCAGGAAUAGCCCACUGAACUGUGAGCUACCAGAAAGUCCAGCUGCAGUAUGUCAGUACUGGCUUUUGAGAGAAAUAAAACUGUGUUGGAAUUUUCCUGAGCUAGGAAGACUGGUGAGUUUAUGGCAUGCCUCUAUAGGUCCACAGCAUUGUUUGGCUUUUGCAGGCCAGUAAGAUUCCUCUUUCACAAGCUACUCUUUUUUAUCUUCUCUCUAGAAGGCAGGCACACUUGAGUCUUACUCUAGUCUUAACCUAAGAGUCAUGCCAUUAAGAUUUUCCUUAGCUGUCCUUCUCUAGCAAUUACACCUAGUACCCAUUCCUUUGUAAUUUUUUCCCUCAAAGUGUCUCAGUAACCACAAUCCAUUGUGGACAGUAAGUUCACUUCUCUGAACGUCUAACUUCUUCUGGCAAUUGUGAUACUGAAGGGAAGAGCUGGAAAAAGAAAUUCCUUUACAGGAUAUUUGUAUUAGUGAUUUUAGAUAGCAAGGACAUUAACUCUACUCAAAUGAGAAGUAUUCAUAGAAUCACAGAAUGGGUUAGAUUAGAAGAGACCACAGUGGGUCAUCGGGUCCAACCUCCAUUUGUAUAAUUUAUAUAAAGUAUAUAUUAAAUUAAAUUAUGUGAAAGCUUAUAUUUAUCACAACUUCAUCUUUAUUUGUGUCAUUCCAAAUCCACAAGGAGCUCUGAAUUGUGUUAAUUAUAUAUUUAGAGUGAAUGAGAGCAGAACAGGAUUCAAAACUUCUGCGUUAUAUCACUCUCCCAUCAGGACUGGAUUUGUUAUCUCUUAGGUCCAUUGUAGCCAAAAAAGUUGCUGUUCUUCCAUAACUGGAUCUGGAGUUUAGUUGAGGGGAAAGAUCAGACCCUCUCCAGGACAAGGAAACACUUUAUUAGCCUUCAAAAACCUUUGAUGUCUGGUCACUUUCAAUUGACUGUUGAUUUAUUACCUGAUGCCAUAUUUUUUCCAUUUACACAUAUAACAAAAGAGAACCAGAAUAAACUUACUGAACAGUG